UUUCAGAACUGUGUCCCGUACCCCCGGAAGUUAUGCACACUGUCCAGAAACGUGCGUGGCUUUGUAAGUGCCCAGGGAGUCGUCCCCGGCACUACAGUUGAAUAUCGAUGUCGUGCUGGCUACAGGAAUAUUUUGGCUCCAGUGUGGCUCACACACUCACCUGCCAUGAGGGACAGUGGCAUGGAACUUCUCCUGAAUGUAAGGAAUUCAGCAGCUGUGUCGCCCCACCAAACAUUGCACACGGCUUCAUGUAUGAUGGGGCAUCAUCUUAUCCUCUACAAUCACAGGUGUACUAUUCAUGUGAGCCUGAGUAUCGGCUAGUUGGCCCAUCUGUGUUGACAUGUGAGGACUCUGGGUGUUGGACCCCAAGGAUGCCUCCUGUCUGUCAUCUCACUCAUCAGUAUGAAGAUGAAAUGCAGACUGAGAAAUCAGUGCUUGACAUGCACACCAUCCUUGUGGCAACCACCGGCAGUGUCAUCGGUAUUUUGCUGAUUGUUCUCGCUCUCAUACGUUAGUACUGUAUACUUGGGUUUUAUAAUUUGUUGUUGU